AUGGACCUUGCUUUGCUCCACGACGAGGGCAAACCCAUCACAUGGAACGCCGCUGAUAGUAGUGAUACCGACCUUUCCUCACUCCACCUCCACUUCGUCACGACCCGACACAGCUAUGGCCGCUUCUUCUCGUCACCAGCACCUGGUUUUGCCAUGGGCGUUGGGUCGAUAGGCGGGAUUUUCUUACUAUCCAAGGAAAGCAACACAUCUAUUAGCACAGACGCCGGCGUUACGUGGCGGAUGGCCCGACCAGAGUAG